AUGUCGAAUCCAACAAAGUUGAAUUCGCGUCAUCCAACCUUCCCACCAUUUGCGGUGCCGAAGUCUUUCACUGAUUGUUUUGGGGUCUCUCAUGUCUGUUUCACGCUUGUUUUCCUCGAAAUCCGUCUGAUUCCUGAUUGGUUGGACGGCCUGGAUGCUACCUGGAGCUACCUCUCCCAAGUAGCGCGGUUGUCCUUCGCGGAGAGGGACUACCCCCUGCCACUCGCAGAUGACGAAGUUAGCAAGGAGCAGACGGCGUCUGCGGAAUCAAGAGUUGAUCUUGACGACUGCGACGAGAGCGAAGCUUCGGGAGUUGGGGGUGCCGGUGGCAAACGCAAACUCGAGGACGACACACCGACAAGACGAGCGAUGAAGAAGAAGAAGAGGAAGAAGAACGUGGCAUCUCCGGGGAAGCGACAUUUGCCUGAGGCGUCGGUCUGUGCCAUUUAG